AUGGUCUACGGCCCUCGUGAAGAUCACCUUCGUUGCCAGCAAUGCGUGAAUCGCUACGGAAAGGCGGCGCCGUGGAAUUGUGUUGUGUGCGAAGAGACGUGGGCGAAUUGGUGUCACGCGAAGAUUUCACCGGGACAACUGCCAGAAAUCGGAUUCCCGCAUAUUGACGACUUUAGUGUCUCUGCCGUCGCCAAUCUAAUCGAUGUGGCCUUUUGCCCGAUGCGGACAUCAUUGAAGGGACAGAUGCUGCGGGUUUCUGGAAAAAAUCGCGCGGAUGACUUCGAUUUGACUCUAUUCUUGCGCGAAUUCGAGCGUCGCCUCGAACGUGUUCAUGAUGGUCGCAUGGAAUUCGAGUUUCCACUGUCGUACGGCAACCUUCUCAAAUUGCUGCCGGCGUCGACCGCUUUGAUUGGUGAUUUCGUAGCGUUGUCGUUUGAUUACAGGACCACGGAGCACGACUUUGCGCAACGAGUCGACCGUGUCCACGGGGGUCGUAUGGAGCUGUUGGAUGAGCAGGCGGCCGACGCGAAAGCGCUGAAACAAUGGCUGAGCCAGAGACUAGGGGUCAAGAAGGAGACGAUGGAUCGCCGGCUGUACCGGAUCAGUGUCUACGGAAAAGAAUUUCUGGCCGCUUUCCUGUCAGCGAAGCGGAACUUCUUUGCGAAAUACGGAAAACACGUCACCGACGAGAAGCAACUGAAAAAGAAGCAAGCCAAUUUCUUGGUGGCCAUCUUCGACGUG